GGUGUGUCCGUUUAUAAACGCGACCGCUACAGGCGACAACGUUUCAGUCGUUUGGUCUUGACAGAUGAGUAUAGUAUCGCCUGUCGUUCAAGUCGAAGAAGAUUAAUCAUACCGAAUUUCACACAGCCAUUACGAAGUCAUGAAGUCCAUCGUUUUAUUAGCAUUGGUUGUCGUAUGCGCCCUCGCUUUUAUCGAGGAGACGAGCGCCUUGCCCACUGAUACGACUACCGUGUCGACGAAACGAGUCAAAGAGCCUAAGGAGAUCAAGGAGACCGCGACCGCAUCCAAGGACGUAAAGGCAGCUAAAGAGGCGGCCAAAGAGGCGAAAAGGAAUAAGAAGGAUUGCGCGAAAGAAUGUGGAGCUGCGUACGAUCCGAUUUGCGUCCAUGAUCCGACCGACGCUAACUUUAAGCCGAGGACGUUCGGUACCCAAUGUGCUCUGGACGUUCACAACUGCGAAAUGGGAACAAAGCUGGUAAUGAAGAAUAAGGGCGAGUGUGCCGGAGCUGGCGGCGUGAGGCUCUCUUAAACAACGGACGGAUCUUUCGUUGCACCAACCGUCUGUUUCGUCCACGUUAAUGGGAAAACACCUGCAACGCUUAUGCUUAUGUGACGUCGUGCUUGGGCUUUAGCUCUAGCUUUAGCUUCGGCGAGAAUAAAGAAACUCGAAUGAAAAUGAAACCGAAGAUGAAAAUAAAAGAGUUCGUAAAAAGAGAAACCGCAAGUUUUGCAAUUACGCCCGGUGAGCGAUUUUUUCUCAAAAAGGGCGCACACAACAGUCGUCGUUAAAAGGAGUACACGUAGCAACAAUGUAACACACUCAUCGUCCUUAUAUCACAAAUCAAAUAUUAGUGUCAAUAAAUUUUGUCACAUUAUAGCAACAAAUUUAUUAAUAAAACAAUUGUGAUUCUGCAAAGAAAA